AUGGCUGCGGACAUGGCACAAGCAAUGGCAUCGAUGGCUGGUUUACUUGGCUCCUCACAGGCCGUGCUCGAAGGCAGCCUCCAUCACGGUGGCCGUCAGGGCCGACCCUGGUUGAACAUUGGUAGCAAUAAUCGACUGGCUGUGACUAGGCCUGGUUUCACCAUCAGAGCUCAGCAGGCACCUACUGAGACUGAAACUGGACGAAGAGCCAUGCUGGGUCUUGUUGCUGCUGGUCUGGCCACUGGCUCCUUUGUUCAAGCUGUGCUUGCCGAUGCUCGAAGCAUCAAGCUUGGCCCUCCUCCCCCACCCUCUGGUGGAUUGCGUAAGUCCUCCAUUAUCCUUGCAAUUCCUACACAUCUUUUGAUGGUUAAAUUAUCACUUUACUUGAUUUGUGAUGGUUUAAAAAAUGGUUAA